CAUUCUUUUAACACUUGCACAAAUGAUAAGUAGCAACAGUGCCAAACUUCAAAAGUUGGUACACUGAUGGAAAAUUAUGUCUUUCUAACACAAUCGUUUUCAAUAAAAAAAGUUUAGCAAUGAGCAUUGCUAUUCGUCGCCCUAAAAUUCUUUAUUUGUCGCCUUAAUCAAAUUAAAUUUACGUUAAUGUCCUUAGUUCAUUUAUUUGUCUUUCAAACAGUUAAACCCCAAACUAAAUGCAUAUCAUACACCAAAUAACAAAACACAAGGAAAUAAAUUGAAAAUUUUCUAAUGAAAUUGACACAGCUCGAUCUGUUAUAGUUUUCUCUUCUUCCUUUUUGAUUGGGGUUUACUGUAUGAUCAAAAUUAAAUACUCUGGUUUACUUUUAAAAAAAAAAUUAAAUACUCUGGUAAAGCAUGGAGAGUCGGGGGUGAUUGAUUGUGUAUCUUAUUGUGUAUUAAAAGGUUCUGUUCCAAAGAAAUGUGGGCAUCAGAAGAUCAGCCGAUCGAUUUAUUUAUUGUAAUGAGCAAAAAGAAAAUCUUCCCUGCUAAAUAGCAAAUAUUCAUUUGUUUGUACCAGGGAGGAGUUGGGUUUUUUGCGAUGGUUUAUCUGGAAUUACAUCAACGUCUUUCGAUCAGUGCUUAUCGACGAACUUAACAACCCCCUCAAUCAUUUUCGCGAAUUCGAUCCCUGUAAGCGGAUCCAGAUCCAGGGCACUCUCGUUGAGGUAAAAGCUGUGUCCUAUCCCAGCAUUGAUCAAAAGCUCCACAUCUUUCCCGGUAGCCUUCAUCGCCUCGUAGAACUCCAUCUUGUAGAUGAAAGAGGUUGCCGAGUGAUCCGGAGACCGUGGAGAGUCGGUAGACGGUAAAUGAAAGAAAGUUGAGGAGUGAGUGGAGGGAAAAGGAUGGCGAUGGUGGCAGAUUCCAGAAGUAGAUUGGGGUUCGGCAGGAGCAGGGGAGGGGAGAUGACGAUUCUUUUUCUAGGUGAGGGCGGCGGAUGUAGGUUGCGGGUGGGGAGGGAUUGUUUGGUUAGUGCUAGAAUUAAAAUUGGACUGAUGGAUAAAUAUGUCAAUUUCUUGUAUUUUAGGGCGAUAAAAUUUGAAUUGCAAGUUUGGUCACUGGGAUUACAAAAACGUUCAUGUUUAGUCACUGAAAAUAUUUAAUUCCAAUCUUGAUCACUCAGAUUAGUUAAAUGAUUCAAGUUUGGUCACUCUCUGUUACCUUCCAUCAAUCUCCGUUAACACUGUCAGUUAUAUGCUGACGUGGCUAACAGACUCGCCUAAAUCACCUAUUUUUAACAAAAAUAAAAUACAACUCCGACACAUCAUAAAAACCUGCCACAUCAUAAAAAUCUAGUGACCCGACCCACCCCAAAUUAGAUAAAAUAGAUGAAAACAAGUUAGGGAGAAGCAGAUCAGUCAUUCGUUAGGGCUAGGUAUUUUUUCCAUUUAGAUAAAAUAGAUGAAGAAGAAUCCAGAAUUUCCCGUUGGUGGGCAGGGGAGGAAUCUGCGAUACAGGAGGGGAAACAACGUUAGGUCGGGAGUGGUGGGCAAUCAACGGAUUGGGGGCAGGGGGCAAAUCUCCGAGCAGCACGAGGAAGAGGAGGUUCUUCAACCACUACCACCUCGUCGUCCUCGUCCUCAUCGCCGGCGGGGAAGAGACGAAGGUGGAAGGAUGGGUCAUCGCUCCCUUCUACAUCGCUUCACCUUCCUUGAGAGUUUACAUCUCCAAUUGCACGGAUGCCAGCAUGCACUACCGAAGGAAAACGGGGAGUCUAAUUGUAGGAUGGCAAGGGAGUGAGGAGUUUUGAUGGUGACCCGGUUCUGGAGCCAAGGGAGAUGAAGAUAAUGGAUGGGCUGGAGGGCUAGGAAGUAGAGGAGGAGAGUGGGAGGGAUUAAGGAGACUGGUGGGGAAAUCAGAACAUUGGCCGACAAUUUUUCACAAAGAGGGUUAGGGAUUGGAGAAGAAGGGAAGAGGGGGUUGGGUUGGGCCAAGAUGACAAGGUGGGUUGAGUGACGUGGCAGGUCAGGUUUCAUUAUUUUUGGAUUAAAUUAGGCUGACUAAGCAAUUCCGUUUGCCACGUCAGCAGAUAACGGAUUUUGUUAACAGAGUUGGAUGGAGACUAACGAAGAGUGACCAAACUUGAACCAUUUAACUAAUCUGAGUGAUCAAGAUUGGAAUUAAAUAUUUUCAGUGACUAAACAUGAACGUUUUUUGUAAUCCCAGUGACCAAUCUUGCAAUUAACCCGUAAAAUAUCAUUUUGGAAACCUCGUUAGGAUAAGGAACGUAGCAAGUUUUAAUAAUUAUGUAUCAUCAAGUCAACAACGGAAGAACUCAAUUUUGAGGAGGUUGCGGGAACAAGGGUGUAUGAUGAUUUGAGUAGGUUGUGGAAGUUGGGAUUCAGAAGAGCUCGAUGUAAUCUUAAAUGUUCAAGUAUAAAUAAACUAAAUGUUAUAUAUAAAUCACAAAAGUGAGGUAAAAUAUCCCAGGUACUAUUAUAGUAUGAGAUUUGGGAGAGCUAUAUCACUUAACUAAGAAUAGGCAUCACGUGCCAUUGAACUCUAUUAUAUGUGCAUCUGGUACCAGUUAAGUUUACUUCUAUGUGCAUUUUGUUAAAGUUGACAGAAUAUUCUUGGAAUAUUUCGUUUUCUAAAUUUCAUAAUUGGUCUUUCUACUUUUCUUAUUGUAAAAAAAUCAUUUUGACUUAUGAAAAACAUCAUUUUUUAUUGUUUAGUUGGAAUCCUCUUUUGAAAACUUGAUACCAAGUCAAUUUUAGAAUAGAAAAUUUAGAAUUAAUUUUCAUUGUAAGUAUUUUCAAUUAUCCUUAUGUGUUCUAAUAAUUGAAUUAUUUCCUGAACAAAAUAUAUCCUAUGAAUUCUAUGUCAGUAUAAAUAAUUUGAAGAUGUUAUAUUUAGUUCUCUACAUCAUGUUUAUGUUGUCUAAUUUGAUAUGUUAAAUCUCCUUUUAAUUCUCUAGUAUUAUAUUAUAAUAUAGAUGUUACAUAAUAGUUAAAUUUACUAAUUCUAACUCUUUUCCUGUAGUCGUAUUUUCUUAUCUACAUUUGGUACUGAAUGUUGUAGCUUUUAUAAUUUAUUUAUUAUUUUUUAAAUUUUCAUCUUUUUUCGCUCUAAUUUUUUUCAAUAAAUAAAAUAUAUUUAUUUCUUUCUGAUUGUAUUCUAUUUAUCCUUCUUUGGUCUAAAUGUAUUGAUGAUCGAUUAUGUUAUAUUUUAACUGUUUCUAAUGGUACUCCUAACUGAAUUACGGAUUUCAAUAGAUCUUCUAAUAUUAAUUUUAAAUAUUUUUUUUAUUAUCUUCUAGUGUAUUUAUAAUUUUUUAAUAUUUUUUAAUAUUUUUACUAAUUUAUCUAUUUUAUUGAAAAUUUUUUAUUAGUCAUUCUAGUAAUACUUGUUUAGAAGGUUUUCUAAUUUUUAUAGUAGAUAAAACUUGUUGAAAUUUGGUUUUUGAUCUUUUUAAAAGUUUUGGGUAUUAAAAAGUAAAUAAAAGUUUGGGUUUGAUGGAAAAGCAGACGGAUGCACAUUUUAACGACUUUAAUGGUACCCAACGUCCUAUUCAAAGUUAAGUGGUAUGUCUACCCCAAUUCUCAAAUUUAAGUUGUAUCCAAGAUAUUUUACCGAAAAUGUUAUUAUACACAUCCAUCACAAAAAAAAUGUCAAUGUCUUAGUAAAAAAAACAAAAAAAAAUGUCAAUGUAAUUUUGUAGUAAAAAUGUUGUCGCCUAACAUGGAGGUCCCCUGUCUUCACUGCAAGUCAUUACUAAUAUUUCCCCCCCCCAUAUUUGUGGGUUGUCUUGUGGGUCCAUUACUGGGCAUCGUAUAUGCACAUUAGACUAACUUCAAUCUCUAAAGUCAAAUUUGGCUCCCCAAGUAGCCAAAUAUAACUUUUUAGCUCCCCAAACCCCAUUUUCACUCCAACCCUACACAAUGCUAAAUUUAGCUUCCUACCUAUCUUUUUCAAUUUAUUACAAUAAAGCUUACUUAUGUGACCUCUAAUUUUCAUAUUUCACUUUAAUUUUCUAUAGUUAGUUAUUACUUUUGAAAACAAAAUUUUUGAUCUAAUUUUUUUUUAUUCCGAGACAAAAAAAAGUUUCGGAAAAUUAGUCAUUAUUUUGUUACCGUUAACUUCGGGACCAGUGAAAAAAUACCAAUUAAACAUAUAACAUUUCAUAUCUUCUUUCAAACAAUUAAACAAACAACAUACACAAUCAACCAAUGACAAAAUACCACACAAAAAAAAAGGAAAAAGAAAAAACAACACAAUCAACCAAUGAGAAAAUCCCACAAAAAAAACAAAAAGCAAAAAAAUAAAAGAGGACCCACCGCGGGUUCACCAUUUCCUCUAGCCAAAUUUGGCUUUUUCACAUUUUUUGAAGCUAAAUUUGGCUUCCAAUUCACCAAUACCCAUUUUUAGCUCCCAAAAUAAUGUGGGUUGGAGCAAAAAAAAGAGCUAAAAAUGGGUAAAUGACUUUUUAGCUCUAGAGUUGGAGUUAGUCUUACAAAUUUUAUAUUAAAAAAUCUAAAGGGUAAAUUGAAAGUAUGGUCACCUAAUUUAGUAAAUUGUUUCACUUAAUAUAUUUUAUUCCAUUUGUAGUUAUCAAUUUUAUACUCUAAUUUCAUCAAUGAUCAAUUUCCGUCCAUUUUCAUCUAACUCUCGUAACUAACCGAUGUGGCAACUAAUAUUUAAUAACAUUUAUAAUUUAAUAAAAUUUCCACCUCAUU